CCGCUUCCCUCUGAUAGGCGCUCCUCUCUCCGGUCCUAUUGGGUCCCACCGCGGACGGCUGGACAGGAUAAAAGCGUGUGAGACGCGGUGUGAGUUUAAGAUGAGUAGAGAGGAGCAGCAGGGAAGUACAGAGCGAGGAAUCAGAUCAGAGCGUGUACAGACACACAGAAAGACACACAGACAGACAACAGGGCAUCGACAACAGAAGCAACUCGUCGAGACUGAUCCGUGCUAGUGACAACUCCACUGUGUGGUAUGAUAGGAAACAUUUUGGAAACAUGCUCCUGAUUGUGGGAAACUUCCAUUGAUCCGUUCCAGUCUGCAGCGAUAGCGUGUGAACUCUGGUGUUUUAGGAGCUGCCAUCAGCCUUGAUACAUAAUCUGCUAUUUUCGCGUUUUCGGCAGAUUUUAGAGACCGGCCCGGCUUGGCAUUGCACUUUUCGUGGUACUAUCCCCCAAAUCGUUAUACUGCUGUUAGCCUGCAAGACAAAAGGGGACGCUCCGAUCAACACGUCCGCUUUCACCACGAUCUACCAGAAUCGAUAAUUUCUUCUUCACUUCCUGCUUGGCUGAUAUUCUGGAUGAGGAUGAUGAUAAUCGCGGAGUUCUUCCUGGUGAUUUUGAAAGUCCUCUGGGCUUUCGUAACCGCCGGGGCCAAGUGGAUCGUGCGGCCGAAGGAGAAGAGCGUGGCGGGACAGGUGUGCGUGAUCACCGGCGCUGGCAGUGGCCUCGGGCGGCUCUUUGCCAAGGAGUUCGCCCGGAGGCGGGCGGUGCUGGUGCUAUGGGACAUAAACAGCCAGAGCAACGAGGAGACCGCAGAAAUGGUGCGGGAGAUAUACCGGGAGCUGGACAGUCCCAUGCCUAAAGACGGUACGGUCGGAGGAGUAGGGGAGGUCCCGCCGUUCCAGCCCCAGGUUUACACCUACGUGUGUGACGUGGGCAAGCGGGAGAGUGUGUACAUGACGGCCGAGAAGGUGCGCCGUGAGGUGGGCGAGGUGGACAUACUGAUCAACAACGCCGGUGUCGUCUCCGGCCACCACCUCCUGGAGUGUCCUGAUGAGCUCAUCGAGCGCACCUUGGUGGUCAACUGUCAUGCGCACUUCUGGGUGAGUCGAAAAUAACAUGCAUGCAGUAGCCUAUAAAUAAAUGCUGUAUUGUGUACUAUAGGCUGUUUGAGGGAUGUGAGCGUUUAUAAUGUUCUGAAUGGUUAGUCAGCUAGACGUCUACCGGCCUCGGCUCAGUUUCCAUGAGCGUAGUGUUAUGAACUGUGUUAACCAGGGUGCCAAUAUCGCAGGAAUGUUUCCAAUCGGACUUGCAUGGCUAUUCAUAAGGUGCGUGUGUGGGUGUGUGAUUUUGAAUCGCACUGUUUAAUAAAUUAUUGGAGGCCCCCUUUGCAACAAAUCUGUUGCACAGUGUUUAUUCUAUGCUUAUAA